AUGUGGCCAUGGAGUUGCAGGUUGAUCUAAAAGAUGCACAAAAAUAUUUGGAGGUCAGUACAAAUGUAGAUAUUUUUUUCUGUUCUGACUAGCAGGACUAGCGUGUAGCUUCCUGUUGAUAAGGACUUGUGCUCAGCAUUUAUCACUCAUGAACAACGGGAAGCAUUUUUGAACAGUCUGACCACCAUUCCUCUUAUAUUUAGACCACUGGCUGCUUCUGUUACCAGUAAACCAGAUAAGCUCCUCAUUAGUUGAUGAGCUCCUCCCUCCUCAACCCCAGUGGCCCUCUGCUCCUUUGAAUUCCUCCUGCAUGGCAUCAGGUCUCCGUGGAGAUGGGCGGGGACUUGGCUCCACACGCUACAGCUGGAGGUGGAAAUGGCAGACAGGCGCACCAGAAGCAUGAAGAGCUCAAAUCUGAGCAGGACGGCGGUGAACCGAGCCUCCAUGAUUGCUUUACAGCUCCAGGGCGAGUCUUCCAAGUUGCUGGAGCUCUAUAUACAGAAGGAGAGCUUUCCUGAUAAUGUGACCGACGCCCGUCUGGUUGUGGUCCCUCCUCCUUCCUCUCAGCUGGACGCCAGAGACAAGCUGUGGCGCCUCCACUCUGCUCUGCUGCAAACCCAAAGCUUGUUGGAGAGAGCCAUCGCCAAAGAGGAGGAGGAACUUGGCGGCGGGGUAAAGGGGGAGUAUGAGAACCAGAGGAAGAUGGUGAAGGGAAGGCUUUCUAUCCUCCUCCUCAGCACUGGAAACCUCCUCAAAGCUGUGGAUGGAGCUGCCAGUUUGACCCCCAGCCUGGAGGGGUCAGAGUUGGAUGGUCCGACCACUCUGUUUCAGCUGAAGCUGUGGCUGCUCCAGGUCUUCAGAGAGGUGCACCACUGGAGCAAGGCGGCCGCAAACACCCUCCAAGAGCUGCUGGGGAAGGCUGCUGAGGAGCGGAGCAGCACCACCCGGGUCAGGAGCACGAGAAGUGCUCGACGAUGAGAUGGGGACAGGAGGGAGGGUGUCUGUGGCAGGAAUGACUGAGCAGGUCAGAACAGAAAAAGGAUUCAAGAGACACGAAAAAAUAGAAAGUUGCUCAGAAAAGGAGGAAUGAAUGAGUCAGAGAGUUUUUGUGUAUUUAUUUAUUUUGAGGGAGGGAACCAGGCAAUUUUGAAAGUGAAGAUAUAAAGUUUCUUGCAUAGUCUUCCUUAAAGAGAAUUAUCUUUCCUUACACGAUGUUAUAUGAUAUUUAGUAUUAUUUUUGAGUGCAGCACUUCCUUCAAACACAUGCAUAGGAUCUUCUUAUGCAAUCCUUCAAACUAUAUGUUUACAUUUGCUGCUGUACUUUCUGCCUUUACUGUACUGCUGAGUACAGAGAAUGUUUUUCAACAGUGAAACAGCACCCUCUAGUGGUUACAUUGCACUGUUACUUCAAUCCAUGCCGUUAUUUCACCACAUUUUUUUAAGAGACAUAUAUUUCACCUGUUUAUGCAAAGUUUAUUUUAAAAAAAUUAAGUAGCCGGAUAUAUUUAAAAAAUGUAUUAUUACUUCAGGAUAACAUUUUACAGCUGCUUAAGUUAAAAUCCCAUCAAACCUGAGUACAUCAUCUUUUUGGGAGCCAAAUUCAAUGACAGCUAUCCGAGUUGAAAUUGGUUAACCCUUAUAUUGUUGUUCAGGUCAAAGGAAAACCUAUAGUAACGCUGUAUUGUAUUAACAAUGUAAUUAUAAUUUCACUAAUAAAUUUUACAGUAUGUGAACUGCAACAGAUUAAUAUAAAUACCUUCAAAACACAUAUGCAGAUUAUUAAUGUCUAGAUUUGUAAACCAUGUGAACUUGAAAUUGAAUUGAAACGAAUUGAAUACAGAGGAUUGAAAACACACAAAAAAAAAAA